AUUUUUCCAUUAAUAAACAAAGGAAGAAAGCGAAUUUUGAAUGAAGAAGAUUUAUAUGAAGCUUCUAAAUAUCAUACUUCGGAGUAUCUUGGGAACCAACUUGAGAAAGAGUGGAACAAGGAACUCCAGAAGAAGAAAUCAAGUAUACUGAAAGCUGUAUUAAGAUUUGUUGGAUGGAAAUGUUUGAUAAUAUUUUUAAUGUUACUCAUUCAGGAAACAGUGUUAGUUGCAGGCCAAGCAUACUUCUUGGGAUUAACAAUACAUUAUUUGGACAGCACACAGGAAUUCAGUCCAUACAAUAUUUAUGUAGCACUUGCAGGAUUUUUUGUCAUAACUGCGAUUUAUGUGUUUACAUAUUCCACAAGUUACUUUAUGACAGAAUUAUAUGGAAUAAAAUUGAAAGUAGCUUUUUGCAGUGUUAUAUAUAAGAAAGCAAUUAAGUUAAGUUCCUCUUCUCUAGAGAAAUCUAAUAUAGGACAAAUGGUGAAUCUUCUAGCAACUGACGUCAGCAAAUUUCAUAAUAGAAUUUUCAGCAUUCCAUAUUUAUUUACAAAUCCUUUCUUCAUCAUUGUAACAAUAGCGAUGUUGUGGAAAUAUUAUGGAUGGACUAUUUUAAUAGGAUUCUUGGCCGUAUUUCUUUUCAUUCCAAUACAAAUUGCUUUGAGUAAACUAUAUUCAAAACUAAGAUUACAAGCAGCUAUAUUGGGCGACGAAAGAUUAAAUCUGUUGAACGAGAUGAUUGCUGAUAUGAGAUUACUUAAGAUGUACACCUGGGAAUUGCCGUAUGCUGCAUUAAUAGAGAAAAUCAGAAAGAAAGAAAUGAAAAAAGUUCGAAUGUUUUUAUGUGCAAGGGAAUUAUUACAAAUAUUGGGAUAUCCUAUAUCGAAAUUAUUUAUUUCGAUCACAUGCCUUGCAUUCUUUCUAAAUGGAGGAAAAUUAAAUGCCCAAAUUGUAUUUGUCACUAUGGCUUUUUUCUUUUACAUCUUCCACAAAACGUUUACGCUAUGUUCUAUAGCAGUGAAUUUAGUGGCAGAAAUUUUUGUUUCAUUAAAAAGAUUUCAG